AGCUGGCUCCACUAUCAGAGGCCGUUCUUCACCUUGCUGACAAGAUGUUCCUCAUCGGGCUGGGACUCCUGCCUGCACUUUUUUGUGCCUCUGUGGCCAGAGCGGGUAAUCUGACAUUCCACAUGGACUCAGUGGUUGGAAUUCUGGAAGAUCUGGAAUUCUAUCUGAAAGACACCCCAAAUGUGACUGUGGCUGAACUUUUCCAGGAGCUGGCAUACUGUGGAAGUAAGAAGUGCCAGUUCUUUCCUGGCCCAAUGACUUUGAUGCCCUUGGAUUUGCCUUUCUUGAGCCAGGAGCAGAAGACUUUCCUCAAGGGCCUGGGGAAUCAGACAGUUGAUGGCUCACUGGUAGAACAUGGAGUGGUGUUGGCUCCUGAUGGCACUACAAUUUCACCCCGACCCCUUCUUGUUGGAAUAGCAAAUGGAUCCAAGAAGAGGCAGGAGAGGCCGUGGUUGGCCAUGGCUUCGGACACUGGCCCCUCAAACAGCUCUCAUUUAAAGCCUCACCUCGCAUUAGACCCCCUCUUUGCCACAACAAUCGCCAUGGACCUCGCCAUGUCCUUUCUCCUCUUUCACGCUAAACAGAACCAGGUAGCCUUAGGUCCCAACGGCUGUUGGGAUAACCUCUCAGCACCCCAUACGUUCACUUUGAUGGGUCCUCCGUCACAUUUUACGGAUGCUUUUAUCAACGGUGCCAUGGAUGGCCUUAUUCUGGGCUUUUAUGUGGCAGAAAAAGCUGGCCUACCAUCCAACCUCAGUGCCCUGCUGAAUGAUUACUAUGGUGAAGAAGGUGUGGAGGGAGAAAACCAGUUGCGGAGCAACUUCCGAAGGAGAAACUUUGCAGCUCUGGUGAACGAGGCGAAGCUGAGAGAGCAAGUGGAGAGUUCCCUGCAGCUACUUCAACAGCAGAAUGAGACUGCAUCCCUCUUUGAAAACAUGACGAGUGAAGAAGUGUCAUUACUUGCAAGGCAGGGUGCGGAAGAGUUCAUGGCAUUGUAUGUAGAGUGUCCUGCAGUCAUCCCUCGUUGCAUGUGGGGGGCUCGGCCCUACAAAGGAACACCAACCCAGCUCAAGCUGCCCUUACACUUUGUAUACAUCCACCAUACAAGCACCCCGUCAAAGCCAUGCCGAACCUUCUCAGCAUGUACAGCGGACAUGCGCUCCAUGCAGCAAUUCCACCAGGAUAUCCGUGGCUGGGAUGACAUUGGCUACAGUUUUGUUAUCGGAGGCGACGGGUACGUCUACCAGGGACGAGGUUGGCAUUGGGUCGGUGCUCACACUCUGGGCUACAACAGCAAAGGCUAUGGCGUCAGCUUCAUUGGGAACUACAUGAAGGCCCUCCCAGGUGCCUAUGACCUGGAAUUGAUGAAGAACAAUUUCUUGCGGUGUGCAGUGAGGGGCUCAAAGCUGCAUGCCAACUACACCAUCCAUGGACACCGUCAGAUGGUACUGACCACCUCAUGCCCAGGAGACAGACUCUUUGAAGAGAUAGAAACAUGGAAAGAUUUCAGGGUGAGGUGUUUCCUGAACCAUGGUGUUCGCCACUGUGUGUAAUAUACAGCAUGGAGCCUCAAAUACAAGAAAGAACGGUCUACUACAUCAUCCUACAAAAUGGGAGAGUGCCACCAGUCCUCCAGAUGAACACCAGGGGGCAGCAUUUGCAAAGAACCAACAGCCAAAUGACACUUCUUGGGAUGAAAUAAAUUACAAAAUUCUGCCAGGAUAUUCCUUGAUUUAAAAGUAUGUGGUUGGGCAGAGAUGUAUGGAACAAUGUUGGGGGCAUUUAUCGGGGGGGGGGAGUACUGAAAGGAGUGGGGGAAGACAUUUGCAGGCACAGGACUGCAGAAAGCCAGUGGCUAGCCCCAAUUUUUAUGCAGCUAACCGUUUAGGCAAGAUGGCUCCUUGAGCUCCUAUAGCACGUUUUUGUACAAUGCUAAAGGCAACCAAAGGCAGAAUGUUGAUCUACUCUGCCUGUUUUAAAAGGCACCUGCUUAUGUCCUUCUUCCUGUUCUCUCUAAAAAAAGUACAGUGGUGCCUCGCUAGACAGUUA